UUUUCCUUUAAAUUCAAAUUGGAAAUGCUCAACAUGUUUAAUCGAUAAGUACGAUGUCAAUUUAAAUAAGUAAUUUGAAACGUUAAAUUUGAAAAAAUCGAUAACAAUUUUCCGAUAAUCCAAACAACUAAUUCUCCCCUCUCUAAAACUAAAAUGCAAAAAUUGCAUUCUCUCUGGCAAAUAAACAAAUUGCGUUAAACGGAAAGUGUUUUUUCUUAAAAUUAAUUAAAAAUUAAAAUGAAGCGUGUUAAGAGCACACCCAAUGCGGUAGCAAAGCUGAAGAAAACUAAAUCUGCUGCUUCUAGUGCAAGUGAUGCGAAUAAUGAUAGUAUUUCACCAGCUGCAAUUAACGAAAAGGCAGCAUCAAGUAUAAUUUCAAUAGAAUCUUUACAACAACGCCGUUUAGCAACAGCUGAAAACAUUGCUGACUUUAGUUUUAAUAAAAAACGAGUUCGCGUACUUAAUACCGUCGAGGAAGUGUCUGAAUCGCGCUGCGGUGGUGUAUUGUAUUGGAUGUCGCGCGAAGUACGCGUUCAGGACAAUUGGGCAUUUUUAUACAGCCAACGUUUGGCUCUAAAACUCAAAUUACCACUUUUAGUUACAUUUUGUCUUGUACCAAAAUAUUUGAAUGCCACAUUGCGUCAAUAUAAGUUUUUAUUUGGUGGCUUAAAAGAAGUGGAGCACGAAUGUCGCGAACUGAGUAUACCCUUACAUUUAUGCUUAGGCACGCCAAGGGAAUGUUUACCAGAGUUAGUGAAUAAAUACAAAAUAAGCGCUCUGGUGUGUGAUUUUACGCCACUUCGUGUCCCACAGCAGUGGGUGGAAGAAGUAAAGGAAAAUCUAACCACUGAAGUUCCCUUUAUACAAGUGGAUGCACACAAUGUGGUGCCAUUGUGGGUAGCCUCCGACAAACAAGAAUAUGGUGCGCGCACUAUACGUGGAAAAAUUAAUUCAAAACUAGCGGAGUUUCUCACAGAAUUUCCACCAGUUAUAAAGCAUCCACACAAUAAGAAUAUAAUUGCAAAUUACGAACCAAUAGAUUGGAAAGGUGCCGAGGCGUCCUUACAAUGCGAUCGUUCAGUAGAUGAAGUUGAUUGGGCUCAACCAGGCUAUAUAGCUGCUUGCGCACAAUUGCAGAGCUUUUGUACAAAACGUUUGCGAAUUUUCAAUGAGAAGCGAAACGAUCCAACUAUAAAUGCGUUAUCCGGACUCUCACCGUGGUUUCAUUUUGGCCACAUUUCUGUUCAACGCUGCGUUCUCGAAGUCAUGAGACUAAAAUCGAAAUAUAAAGCAUCAGUGGAAGCGUUUUGCGAAGAAGCUAUUGUAAGACGUGAAUUGGCGGAUAAUUUCUGUUAUUACAAUGAACACUACGACAGUCUCAAAGGUCUACAUGCUUGGGCAGCUAAAACGCUAGAAGAUCAUCGUAAAGAUAAGCGCUCACCUUCUUACACAUUGGCUGAGUUUGAGCAAGCUCGUACCCACGACGAUCUAUGGAAUGCAGCACAAAUACAGUUGUUGCGUGAAGGCAAAAUGCAUGGUUUUCUUCGUAUGUAUUGGGCAAAGAAGAUCCUGGAGUGGUCUUCAACACCCGAAGCGGCUCUAGAAACUGCAAUUUUUUUAAAUGAUAAAUAUAGUUUGGAUGGUUUAGAUCCUAACGGCUAUGUUGGUUGUAUGUGGUCGAUUGGAGGCGUGCAUGAUCAGGGAUGGGCUGAGCGACCAAUUUUUGGAAAAAUACGUUUCAUGAAUUAUAAAGGAUGUCAGCGAAAAUUCGACGUUGCGGCUUUUGUGGCACGUUAUGGCGGCAAAGUAUAUAAGUCCAAGUAAACGUUGUUUUUAUUUUUUAUUUAUGUAUAUAUACUCAUUUGAAUUUAAAAAAUCUCACUGGAUGAUUAUAAGAAUAUACAUGUACCUUAAUUGUUAUUAAAAAAGCGAAACGUUUUUUUGUACUCUCAAUAUAUGUACAUAUGUACAUAUGCAUAUACAUAUGAGUAUUUUUCACUUGUAGCACUAAAGUUAUUUACUACAAAUAAAGGGUAGAGGAAAUA